CCAUGAUUGCACACCAAUGAGGACUCUAUAUUUUUCUUUGUGUGUGACUCUCUCUGCACCACAACAAACAUGAGAAAUAGGAUUCUUCUGCCCAUGUCUGGCAAUUGAGUUACUGGGAGAACUGCACACAUACGCAAUAACCCCAGUGCAUUCUUUCCCAGAGUUUUUCGAACUUGCGCAUAAGAAGCAGCAGGAAAUAUCACAUUAUCGUCUUCGUUUCAUAAAUAUUUGGGGGGAGAAAAAAAAGUUUAAUUCGAUUUUUGCUGUUAUGAAUUUCCAAGUUAUGUUUAAAAAAGGUGUUACGAUAUAGCGAUACAAGUUGUAGCUUUUGUUAGUCGUAGUAUGAUGCCUGACAUUGACUUUGGGGUAGUCUUAUUAACAAAAGAAGUGGACAGAUUCCCGCCAAUCAGACACAAGCAAUCCUGAUUGUAUCCACAACUGGCCACAAUGCCAGGUCAUUAGAUGAUGUAUUAACUACAUGGCUCAGCAUCCAUCAAGCCAUGUUAGCUAUUGUAUCCUCCAUCGUCCUAUUGUUCCUCUGUCUGAGAUGCAUCUCUCUUUGUCUUCAAGGCAACUCGCUCAUGCCACCGAAGGGACCCGGUCUCUAUGGCAACUCCGGGUUCAUGUCAUUGACCGGGCGACACAAAGACCUCCUUAACAAUGUUGCGCCGUUCCCCGGGCAACCCAAAGGCCCCGGCCUCAAGACCAGCCCCAACAAACCCCAGCUCUCCGUCACCAACGACAACGGAACAACCGGCUGGCCGCGCCCGCGGCCCCGCCUCCAAGCCGCGGAACCUGUGGAAGAAAAGCGUGGAGACCCUGAAGACCCAGCCCGCCGCCACCUCCCCGGGGGCCGGGCCCGGGUCCGGGCCGGGGCCCAGGUCGUCCCCGGGCCCCGCCCCCGGACCCGGCCCGGCGCCGAUGAAGAGCCAGCGCUACCUUCCGGAAGACGGCAUCCACUCGGAUAUGUCGGAGUGCUCCAGCCGCCCGCCCUCGCACAAGGACUCGGACGGCAUGGGGACGAGGGGCGGAUUCAAACCGCCCAAUCAGCUGAGGAAGAGGGGCGCCGGAGUCGGCGGGGGCGGAGUCGGCGGGGGCGGAGUCGGCGGGGGCGGUCAAUCCAAGAUCUACUCCAUCGACUCGGACCAGGCCAGCCUCCACUCGGCCCCCAUGUACCAGCGGGACAGCCAGCAGGGGGGUCCGACGACCACGGCUACCCCCCGGACCUCUUCUCCCCCGACAGCACCCACUCCACCAGAUGGAGGCGCCCAUGCUGCAGCUGAACGCCGGCCUGCUGCACCACAGCCACAGCGCCGAGGCCGACCUGCACUCCCUGAAGGACAAGAAGUACAGCACCUACAAGCACAUCAGCGCCAAGGACAAAGUGGGAGGUUCCAUGGAGUCCCCCGUGGGGGCGGGGCCGGGGGUCCCGGGCGGCCGGCCCACCCACUGCCGCUCCUGCCUGGCCAAGCUGGGGGGCUACUCGGGCCUGUACACGGUGCGCUCGCCCCAGGGCCGCUGCGACGCCUGCACCCACCUGGGCAACCUCUACGACAUCCGCGAGGACCAGCUGCACGGCCACUACGCCCACGCCCACCAACCCCACGGCGGCGGCGGCGGCGGCGGCGGCGGCGACAUGUUCACCCACUACCUGCCCCAGAGCGAGCUGGGGAUGGUGGGCGAGGGGGACGGGCUGGUCAGCCACCUGGAGCCCCCCGCCUCCCCGGGCCCCCCGCUGCUCCUCAGCCACUCGGCCUCCGCCCAGCACCUCCAGCAGCUGAACCGCCAGCACUCCUACGAGAACCUGCUGCCCGACGGCCUGGCCGAGAGGCACCUGCAGGCCCAGAUGCGCAAGCUGAGCAUGUCGGACCGGGACCGGGACGGGACGCUGGAGGAGGGCGCCUACGCCAACGUGCUGACCAUGCGCUCCGACCGGCCGUACAGCAACCACAGCCCGCCGUCGCCCUCGCCGUCCCACCACCACAGCCUGGACGCCCCCGUCCCCCUGCCCCGGCGCUCCAAGAGCCUCUUCCCCGACCGGCCCUCUCACAACCCCUUCCUGCAGUCGGCGCCCGGCACGGCCAAGCGAGACCCCGCCCCCCAGACCCUGGCGCACAUGUCCCAGCGCAACUCGGCCCACGAGCUCUACAAGCAGCUCAUGCCGCUGUCGCUGACCCUGGGGAACCCCGGCAACCACCACGGCAACCAGCACGCCGUGCACGUCAACCACGUCACCCAGCAGGGCGGCCACGGGAACCAGUACGGCGGGGGCCACGGCGGCCAGCACGGCGGCGGGGGGCUCAUGGAGCAGCAGCUGUUCUACGCCCAACAGGAACCCCCCAUGGUGGCCUACAUGGUGCCGCCCGCCGCCUCUCAGCCAAUGAGCUACGUCACCGCGCCCCGAGCCUCCAGCGCCGGGAACAACCGGCCACGCCUUUACCGCCGAAUGCCCAGCAUCGAGUCCGACGUCUGAGUCUCUCUCUAACACACACACACACACACACACACACACACACACAUGCACACAUGCGCAUGCACACGCACGCACGCGCUCGCGCGCACAUGCACAGACACACACCCACACACGCGUGCACGCACAAGGCGGACACAAGAACACGAUGCACGCACUCACUGUUCCUCCUCGCCUCAUGUGUACAAAAGAACAACCCCCACACUGACGUGCCCGUACACGUGCAUGCAGAGGAGGCGUGUGUGUGUGUGGGAGUGUGUGUGCGUGUUUGUGUGUGUGUGUGUGUGUGUGUGUGUGUGUGUGCGGUGUGUGUGUGUGUGUGUGUGUGUGUGUGUGUGUGUGUGUGUGUGUGUGUGUGUGUGUGUGUGUGUGUGUGUGUGUGUACGUGACUGGACAGGACCGGGGCAUCUCUGAUUCAGAGCGUACAUUCGGCACACAUUGGAAAACACACCAACACACAGAGAAAAACCACGCUUGCCAAAACAAACACAUCAGUGAACCGACGGAUGUGUGAUCGAUACAGGGUCAGAGCACCGGGCAUCUUGUGUUACGGUGACCUCCAUCGGGGGGGUGGAUGAGGCACCAGGGUGCCCAGGGAAACACACUGCCGAGGGGGGUGGGCGAGUGUGUGAGCUUGGGCGCCGGAGGCAUGGGCCGCCGCUGGUGCCGGGCGGGGAGGUCGUACCUGGACAGCGGAGGAGUCCCCCCCCCUCCGUCAGAAGGAGCAGGAGGUCCUUGAGCGCGGAGGACCAGUGUGUCCGUGUCUUUAACCUCCGCGGCCCGGAGUCAAAGGGUGGGAAAGGAGCGCAGAUGUUUCGGCGGCAUCUGCAAGGAACGAAGAUGAAACCCGAUCUGAAGCUCCCGCGCCCACGCUCCUUCUCGCCGCUCCUUCUCCACUUCUGUCUCCGCCUCCGCCUCUGAGUUCACACGCCGCACCGCUGACUGAUCCGCUCCCUUCUUCUCUGUGCGGCACCGUUCCGUUGCACGAAGAUCACUACGGUUCGGCCAUUUGUUUGAGCCUUCAAACUGUGCUGCCAGCAUGGCAUGAGAACGUCUGAACCCCUCCCCCCCCCCUUCCCCCCGCAGAAUGGAUCCCGCUUCUUCACUGUCGGACAGCAUUUGUACUUCUUACAGCUUAAACGCCACCGUUCUUGAAAUGGUUUUGCUGCCGGAAAAGGGGUCCAGUUCCUAACUAGGGAUGUGCAAACAAUAGAAAACACACACACUCACACACACACACAAACACACACACACACACACACACACACACACACACACACACACACACACACACACACACACACACACACACACACACAUUCACACAUACACACAAACACAUACACACAAGGUGUCAGUCUGGGGAUGUCUCGUAAAGAGAACAGCACUGUUGACGGGUUGUCGCUGAUAUGAUGUCAUUGAAAUGGAACAUUCCAAACCAGUGGAGCAAAAUGGCCGCCUGCAGGUUGCACUCCCCCUCACUCCCCCCUCCCCCCCCUCUACCCCCAUUCCCUCCCUCUUGUUCAGAUCUUGUGGCGGGAAUCUGUGUUCCAGUAAAUUCCGAUCUGUUUAAUGCAGAUCUCGCUAGGUGUAGAGCUAGAUGUCCAAUCUAGAGCCCCCAGUUACUGCAGCUUCCUCUCUUAGCUAGCUAGCCUUCAGGUCAUACUGCAUGCUUCCUACUGCCCUGUGGUUCCCAGCUAACUCCUACAGGGUCACACAGGCACACUCAAGCAAAAAACACACCUACGUACGUAUACCAAUACAUACAAUAAAUCCACUGUAGUCUAGAAUGGUAGUUUAGGCUGGGUAUGUGUUGAGGCUACGAGAUGAGCUUCUAUUUGUGCACUUUGUAGAUUUUAUACUCUGCCACUGAACACAAAUGUUUGACCAAAAAAAUAACUUUUAUACUGAAAAAUCUAUGAGUUUACGAAUAUCCUUAACAGUUAUUUUCAGUCUUAUUUUGACAUUUUGUUUGGGGUUCCAACAGUGUCAGGUUCAGUUGUACAGUUGAAAUGAUUCCAGUACUAGAUAUAUAAUAUAUAUAUAUAUAUAUUUACCCUCCCUGUGCUCUAUUUCAUACCUUUACUGUGCUUCCUUCUGCCAUGGUUAUCAUUCAUGUGGUUCUCUGCGCUGUCUCUCUCUUCGAUUCUUUCAUUUCUCCCUCGAUGACUGUUGUCCUACCUUCCUUGUCACCCUCCACUGUCCUUUUCCUCGAUUCCUCCCUUCACCUUUUUCAGUAACCAUAGAAAUGACUAGAGUGUCGGGUGAAGAGAAGCAAAGCCUGGAUUUCUGAAGUCUCCAUCCUGAGGUUUUUUUCUUCCUUUCUUUCUGGAAACAUCUUGAGAUGAAUGAUGGUUUGAUUUUUCCAAUCCAAUGCCCGGUUCAAAAAGGUCAUUUAUUUACGUUUUUGUGUCUCGAGUGAAACAAUCUGCUCUUUGGAACUGAUUUAAUUGGCCGUGUGUUGUCAUUAUUCUUUAGAAGGCAAGCCCGAUUCGGUUGUUCCUAUAGAUCUACUUGUCAAAGGGACUUCUGGGAGGAUGUAAGAAUACUGAGCACUAAGUCCACCCUGUUGUUGAGAGCUCACCGCACUGUGUUUUAAAAGAAAAACUCACAGGGAAGGCACAGAGUUUACCAAGUGACCUGUUACAGAUACAGCAAACAUGCAAUUACCCACACACACACACACACACACACACACACACACACACACACACACACACACACACACACACACACACACACACACACACACACACACACACACACACACACACACACACACACACACACAAACACACAAACACACAUAA